AUGGGGGAGCAGUGGAACCCCGGCACUGAACAAGACAAGGCGGGAGGCGCGCAGGGGUUGGUCAAGUACCGCGACCGUGUGCUCAAGAACGAGCUAAGGCAAAUUGAAUGGAGCUUGGCACAGCAAAAGAUCCUUCAGACCCCAGUAGCAACAGGAAUCUCCCAUCCUGGCACCAGGCCUGGCAAAACCUUGUUGGGACUGGACUGA